GUUUUACAAACAGAGUCAACUCCGAAUACGGUUUUAUUUAUAACAACUUGUAGACUUCCUGUAUCUGCAGUUGCAUGUAAGAGGAGAACAUUAAAUUUGGUUUCUUUAAUUAUCGCACUUCAAUUAAGAGUUACCACAGUAUACAAGACAGACUUAUAGUUCAUAUCGAAUUAAACCAAAUUAGAGAAAGGCAUGGAGAUUGGAAAGAUAGGACAUUCAUCUCUAGCAACAGAAUGAAUCUCUCUGAUAAAUCGAUUAAUCAGUUGGUAGAAGUUGUGAAAAUAGCUUUUGAAAGUACUGAAUAAAAAUCUAACAGUAUGGAAAACACAUCAGCUAAUGUAAGUGACAAAGAUGGAUCAGUUAAUAACAGUGAAAUUAGUCUAAAUUCGGCAGAUGAAUCAGCAACCCUCAGUUUGGCAAAUGAAUCUGACAGUACAGAUUCAGCUGAUGAGUCAGAUGAAAAGAGUAACAGUGAUGACAUUAGAGAGGAAAUGGAUCAUGAGAAGGAUCUUCCUCUCAUGUCAAAUGUUAAAGAUAUCCACAUUUCUCAUUACAUUUUACAAUUAAAAUGCCUGAUGGAGACAAGAGAACUGAUUGGUCAUGUGACAUUGUUAAGAUGUUGUGAUCAAGCUAGAUGUACAGAGUGUACUAAACAGAGAACUUUGAACCAGAAGAUAACAGUGAAAUCUAAAUGUUUAAAAAUUAUAGCAAGUCAGGAGAAGAAAAGCAAAUUUAAUAUUCAAAGAAUAGAAUCAGAGCACAACUAUAUUGAUGUUUUAAAUGAAAAUACUAGUACUAUGGUAUCAGGUCAAGUUAAAUUAGAAUCAUUAUCAGAUCACUCCUAUGAUUGUGCAGACAUGAUUUGUGCACAACAGUCUUCAUCACUGAAUGCUAAGAACAGUUCUUAUAUGUCAUCAAUGAAUUCUGUAAAAGUUAAUACAGAUCAUGCAAUCUCAUUAGAUGGCACUUUAGAAAAUUCUACAAAUGAUUUUAAAAUGAUUUUAGACUGUUGUGAUAUAGAAAUAGACUAUGUUGAAGAAUUAGAUCUGCCUCUGUACAUGUUUAAGGAUUUAGUUCAGAAUAAUUACAAUAAAGAUCUGAAUGAAAAUCUUACAUUGGUAACUAAAGCCCUGGGGAGAUUGAUGUGGGAGUAUGGGAGACAUUCAGUAUCAGUGUGGAAGGAGGGUGUGAAAACUGAGAGUCACUUUCCUAGUGUCAUUAGAAUUCAUUAUAGGACAAAGCCAACUGGACAGUCAUUGAAAUGGACUCUUGACCAGGACCAAAACUGGUGUGUAUUUACAAAUGGACACUGGAUCAACAACAGGUCCUUUUUCCCUUCCCAGGAUUCACCUACAGCCAUGGCUACGUGGCAAGCUGAAAUUGAGGUUCAGAAACAUCUAUCCGUUGUAAUGGGUGGAGAUAACCACGAAAUGGUCGCAAAAAGUGAUGAAGAUGGAUGGAAGAAAGAGUAUUUUAACAGUAGAAUGGAGAUGCCAAGUUCCACUAUAUCGUUAGCCAUUGGAUACUGGAGCUUUGUCACUAUACCAUUGAAGUAUAAUAAAGGAGAGUUGUAUAGGAAGCCUUGUCGAGUAGUAGGUCCAAGGUCAAUACUGUGUCAGUCAAUAACAGAACUACGAGAUUAUAUUCCUGUCUGUUUAGGAGAAGUUAAUAACAUAUUAGGACCAUACCCAUUCCCAAGACUUGAUGUAUUGAUAGUUCCACCAUGCUUUGACAGUCUUGGAAUGGCAAGUCCCUGUGUGAUAUACAUAGCCCAGUCAUUGUUGGCAGGAGACUGUUCAAUGUUUGUUAGAAUAGCCCAUGAGAUCUGUCAUUCAUGGUUUGGACUAGUUAUAGGUCCAAAGGAUUGGACUGAAGAAUGGUUAACUGAAGGAUUCUGUACCUAUAUAGAGGAUAUUCUCCAUCUUAAUGUUAUACAGGCAAAUGGUUUAUGUGAUGAAGCAGAAGUCAUUGCAGAGAAGCAGUUGAGAAUGUAUCUGAAGUACAAAACAUUACAGAAUGAACUUCUAAAUACCAGUGCAGACCUACAAACGUUAAGACCUAACAAAUAUAAUACUGAAUCAUCAACCAAUUAUGUUAAGGAUGGAAUGAAUCCUGAAAAAAGAUUUCUACAGGUUCACUAUUUAAAGGGCUACUUCUUGUUGUGUUAUCUAGAAUCCUUUGUAGGACUGGAAAAGUUUCUAAGAAUGUUACACUCUUAUGUCAUCACCUUUUAUAAAGAACUUGUAUCAUCAAAGGAUGUGAUCUCAUUUAUGUUUAAUGUCUUGCCAGAAUUAAAAGAUAAUGGUUUAACAGAGGAGAAGAUUUUGGAAGACUGGUUAGAUAAACCUGGUAUGCCAGAGGCUUUGAAGAAUUAUGAACUCAGUGACGGAAAUGUUCAACUUCAACAAGUGAAAAAACAGGUUUCUCUAUUGAGAAUGUCCUAUCCAACAGAAGGCAGUAGAAAGAGGAAGAGGAAACUAAAUAUGAAACCUAAACUGGAGAAUUUAUCUCCCUUACAGCUGGUUUUAUUUCUGGAGAUAUUGCUGGAGGAUGAGAAAAUUCCAGCUAAUCAACUGGUUAACAUUCGGACCAGAUAUCAAAUGAUGUCACAGAAUGCUGAUGUACAGCAUAGAUGGUGUGAGUUAGUCAUUAAACACAAAGUACAAAAAUGUUAUCAAGAUCUGAAAAAAUUUCUCUUGAAUCAUCAGGCUAUGGGUGUAUAUUUGUAUGGAGAAAUGGUUUUAUCAGGCUGUAAACAACAAAAGAAGUUGGCUGAAGAAUGUUUCAAUACGUUAAAAGAUCAUAUGGAGCCAGAUCCUUACUCAACUGUUAAAGCUAUGGUCUAUGGUACCUAAUCAUGAUGCUAAAGUGAAUAAUUAGCUCAAAGUAAUAAACUCUACAGAAAAGAAUAUCUGAAAAUUAUUUUCAACUUUCCAAUUGAAUAAUUCAAUGAAAUUAUUAAAAUAUUGCAUUGCUAAAGAUAUGAACACAUCAACAAAGCAAGACUUAAAAACAUUUCAUUGUUUCACAAUAGUUAUCAUAUUUAUUUGUUAUUGAUAUAAAGACAAUGUUUCACAUAAAAUAUUCCUAUGUAAUAUGUGUAGGUACUCAACUCACAAAGUUCUUUGCCUACCACAAUGUGACUGAUUUGACAAAAAGGUGUCGCUCUUCUUUGGGCAUUGAUUAUAGAAGAUCACCCGUUAACUAACUCAAUUUAAAAAGAUAAAGUAUAUUUUUCUGGUCUUUAAACCUAUACCCAUACUGUAUGGUCAGCUAUGAAAUCCUGACGUGACAAAUAUGAAACAAUUUGAUUGAGAUAACUAACAGCCUAAUUAGUA